GGUGAGCAGGAAGGCGAGGGGCUGGCUCCCGGUCCCGGCCCUGCGGUGCCGCAGCCCUGGGCAGUGCAGGUGCUGCAGCUCCGCACCUUGUGCGCCUCUCCGUGUGCUUAAAUAUAUGCAAGUUUAAACCUACCCUGAUUAAGAAAAACAUCUCUGAUUUGGAUACAGAGGAGAAGACCUGGAUACCAAAGUCUGCAAUGUACUGAACUGUGACAUGCUAGGAGAUAUGGCACACCCUGUCAUACAUCUCUUGUACCUGAUGUGGACUGGGGCAGGACCGCUGAGGAUCCAGCUGCACAGUGCUAUCACAGCUGCACAGCUCCCCUGAGGCCAGGCUGGUUCUGCUGGGAGGACUUGAAAUAAAAUGAAGGUGUGAAAUAAACCACUGUCUGGAAGGACCCUGCUGUGACAAGUGCUUUUUGUACAUAAGCUGGUACAGCCAGCCAAGUGCUACAUCUCUGCUCUGAAGGACUGGGAUGCAAACUAGCUCCACUUCAGCUACUACUCUGGUGCAGCUUCCAUUUGGACAUCUCCAAAGUCUGCCCUUUGACCCGGAGACCUCAGCUGGAUGCUUUUCUACUCCCUCCCAUCUUACCUCAACACCUCAAGACACCACUUUCAAAACUGGUUGCUAUUUGAGCUCUGCUGUGUGACAGAUGCAGGGGCUUUAAUCCAGGAUGAAUGAAUGCUACUAUGAUAAGCGCAUGGACUUUUUCUAUAACAAGACAAACACAGACACGGUAGAUGAGUGGACGGGGCCACAGCUUAUUGUUGUUCUGUGUUUUGGGACGUUUUUCUGCCUCUUCAUUUUCAUUUCAAAUUCAUUGGUCAUAGCAGCUGUGGUCAAGAACAAGAGGUUUCAUUUUCCCUUUUACUAUCUUCUGGCCAACUUAGCUGCUGCAGACUUUUUUGCUGGAAUUGCCUAUGUCUUCUUGAUGUUCAACACUGGCCCAGUGUCUAAGACAUUAACUGUUAACCGCUGGUUUUUGCGUCAGGGUCUUCUGGACACCAGCCUGACAGCUUCCCUGGUGAAUCUGCUCGUCAUAGCUGUUGAGCGGCACAUGUCGAUAAUGCGGAUGAAGAUCCACAGCAAUCUUACGAAGAAGAGAGUCACCUUUUUAAUUAUAUCUAUUUGGGCCAUUGCUAUUUUCAUGGGUGCUGUUCCCACCCUGGGUUGGAACUGCCUCUGUGACAUUACUGCCUGCUCAUCCCUGGCACCUAUUUAUAGCAGAAGUUACUUGGUGUUCUGGAGUGUCUUAAACCUGGUUGUCUUCUUCAUUAUGGUGGUGGUUUACAUAAGAAUCUAUAUGUACGUCCAGAGGAAAACCAAUGUCUUAUCAUCGCACACUAGUGGAUCCAUUAGCCGUAGGAGAACCCCUGUGAAGCUUAUGAAGACUGUCAUGACUCUCUUAGGUGCCUUUGUUGUCUGCUGGACUCCUGGCCUGGUUGUCUUACUGCUGGAUGGUCUGAACUGCACCUACUGUGGGAUUCAGAAUGUUAAGAGGUGGUUUCUUCUCCUAGCCCUCUUGAACUCUGUUAUGAACCCAAUAAUUUAUUCAUAUAAAGAUGAUGAAAUGUGGGGUACCAUGAAAAAGAUGAUUUGCUGCUCCUCUGAGGAUAAGAGCCAGGACAGACGCUCUUCACGGAUCCCCUCAGCAGUUCUCUGCAGGAGCAUGGAUACCUCGGGGCACUUCAUUGAAGAUGGCAUUAUUCAAGGGACAAUUUGUGGAAAAGGAGAUCUUGGUGACAAAGGAAACUCCUGAGCUAUUCGAGAAACUGACUUGGCUGGAAAAGGAGAGGGGGAAGGGAGAGGUUUGUAAGAGAUUGACUGGCAAAGCCAGUAAACAAUAUAUCCACUUUGUUCCAGAGCCUAAACUCCAGUGUUAACAAAAGUUCUUAUAAAUAAUUGCCUGAUGGAAAAACACUUUGUAAUGAAGAAAACUUUCUGUGCUGCCGUCUUUCUCCUUUUCUUCUUUUAAGUACACAAAAUUGUUUUUUCGUAUGAAUGGAAUAAAUACACCUCAGAGACUUCUUUUGCAUGGAAACAAAAUGUAAGCCGCAUAGCGAGGCCCUCCUUAAACUCCUACAGAGAGAUUAAGCCUGCCUCACUGUGCAGGUUUAGCACUCAUUCAGUAUUUAUGCAUUAAACAGUUUCUGUGCUUCUUGAGGAGGAUUGCAGGCUUGGUUGGUCAGAACUGACAUUGUUGACCUGUUUUCUUGGUUGACAAAGUUCGUGAAAUAGGCCAUACUUACCUUCUCUCUUCCUCCUCCUUAUCUUGUUUUCAGAAUAGGCAGUUUGGUGGUUUAUUAAAGCCAUGCCAGAAACCUGGCUGUGAUGAAAAGCCCAGACCAGUGUACAUGAGCAAGUCUGACUGUGGAUUGUCAGAAUCAGUACAAGAAGCACAAAAGCCAUUAUUACUUCCACAGUGGAGUGAAUGCUCAAGGAGAUACAUUGCACUCUUUGCUGCUAUUGCCUAGGC